UGACUGCGUGAUGACGUACUUCCGGUUAGACGUCAAGCUCGCACACUGCGUGACAGUUUUAGGGCACGAGCCGGACCAAAAAACAAACAAACCAAAACGUCGGACGCUGGGUUCAUAAAGUCGUCAAAACAAGGCACACAAUGUCUUUUAUAUUUGACUGGAUCUGCAGAGGCUUCAGCAGCGUCUUGUCACUUUUAGGAUUGUACAAGAAGACCGGCAAGCUGGUGUUCCUCGGACUAGACAAUGCGGGCAAAACGACGCUCCUGCACAUGCUCAGAGAUGACAGGCUGGGACAGCACGUCCCCACGCUACAUCCAACGUCGGAGGAGCUGACCAUCGCUGGAAUGACAUUUACCACAUUUGACCUUGGAGGACACACGCAAGCUCGACGGAUCUGGAAAAAUUACCUCCCAGCCAUAAAUGGUAUCGUCUAUCUGGUGGAUUGUGCUGAUCACGAGCGACUAGAAGAAGCUAAAGUAGAGCUGGAUGCUCUUUUAACGGAUGACACCAUCUCAAACGUCCCGGUUCUCAUCCUGGGGAAUAAAAUCGAUCGUCCGGAGGCCGUCAGCGAGGACGCGCUCCGAGGGAUGUUCGGUUUGCAUGGACAGACGACAGGAAAGGGCAAAGUGUCCCUGAAAGAGCUGAAUUUGAGGCCAAUGGAGGUUUUUAUGUGCAGCGUGCUGAAGAGGCAAGGAUACGGAAAAGGCUUUCGCUGGCUUUCUCAGUACAUUGACUAACUCAAAGUAUAUUCACACAUCUUCUGAUUUACAAAACCAAAACAAAACUACCUGCUCCACAGAGAUAUUUUAUCGAUAUGUUUUAACGAUGGUACCAGUUAGGCGUGCAAUAAAAGGAAAGAGUUUUAUUUUGAAGUACCAGUGCUAUUCAGAUGAAUGAAUGAAUGAUCCUCUUGCUGUGGUUUCUAGCUUUGGGUGCCAUAAGGAACGUGUCAUCGCGACGAGUCAGUUUCUGACCUGGGAUUAUUUUUAGCAGCUGGUGUUGACUUACACUGAAGGUCAGUUUGUGUAAAGUUUUGUGGAUGGUCUUAGUCCUCUUUGAAGACAUGCAUUAGUGUAUUUGAAACACACGUUUAACUGUGUACCAGCUAAGAUUUGUCAACAUGAAAUGGAUGGGAUUUUUUGGGGGGGGUAUUUUAAAACAGGGUUUGCCACUGAAAGUGCUUUAAGUGUGAGGUUCACUACUAAAGAACAGUGUUUAGCUCCAUAACUGCAGUCUAGGAUGACUGUAUCGACUUGUGAUAUUUUCAUGAUGGGGAUUUGUUAUGAAAGACUGGAGUACUUUGUGAUUAGUAGCUGCGCACAACAUGCAGUGAUAUUAUGAGAGUACUUCCUCAGUGCUUCACAUGGGUGACACAAAGUUACACAUGCAACUGUAUCUUUUUCUAUAUAUUAUUUUGUAAAAAUGCUAUAUUUAUAAGUUAGUUCUGAAGCAACCAAGCUGUUACAAAGGGUGAUUGUCAGGUGAGAUGUGAAUAAAGACU